CCGUGCUUGUACCAGCAGAGGGCGGAAAUUAGGAUCGUCCAGAAGGAUCCCCCUCAAUUCCUCCUUCUCUUUUCCUCUCCUUCCUCCACCCGUCCAUGACUUUCCUAUCCUGCUGGUUGGUGAAACGAAGCGGACGAUUCCGCUCCUUUGCCCUUUUCCUCUCAGCCAGAUUGGUGGAGUUAGAUUCCUUGGCAGUGUGGGUAUUUGCUCUCAUUCAGUUGGAAUGGGAAGGUCUUGGCGGUAAGGGGAAGGCAAUGGGGGAGAUCAGGGCAGCUUUGGCUGGUUCGGCGGGAGGGAAUAGCUAAACGGUUUUCCCGUCACCCUGGAGCGGUGAUGAAGGAUGAUUUGCCACUUUUGGCUUUCUCCUGGUUGGGUUUGGGGGGCACUGGGCUGGAUCGGGUGUAUGUGUGCUCGUCACUGGGAUUUGGUGCAGGGAUGGGAAAUUGAGGGUGAUUGGCUUUGCAGAUUGUGGAUUGUGGCCCGAGAUUGAGAGGAAAAGAGGAGAGGAGAGAAAAGCCCUUUCUCUCUCUGUCUCUUCUAAUUUUUACCCUUUUUGCCCUUGUUCACACUCAAUCUUCCUCUUCCUUUCUCCUUCUCUUUCCCUCUCCCCUACCGUAGCCUAAGCCAAUCUUGGAUCCCCUGCCCCCUAUCCCAAUUCCCCACUCUCAAUGCCUAUAAGGAUGGCCUCGAGUCCCCCCAUCUUCAAGCCCUCUUUCUUUCCUUCCUUCCUCACUACUCACAGUCUACCGCGUCCAAUCCACUUCACCAGUCGCUCUUUUAGCAACCCCCCCACACUCUUUUAAAAACUCCUUUUCCUCUUAAUUCCCACUACCUUCACUGUUAUCCUUUAGCAAAAUGCGUUUCUCUACCAUUGCCGUUUCCGCCGCUGUCUUCGGUGCCACCGCUAUGGCUCUGCCAGGAUCUGUUGUCUACCAGACCGAGAUGGUUACCAUCACCUCUUGCGCGCCUGAGAAGACUGACUGUCCCGCUAAGUCUACUUCCGCCCCGGUUGUCAGCACUCCUCCUGUCGUGACUUCUGUCUGCCCAGGAUAUCCUAAUUGCUACCCGCCUCACCCAACUCCCAGCUCUAGUUACAGUCUCCCCGUCCACCCGAACAGCUCGUAUGUUCAACCUGUUCCUUCCACCAGUAAGCCUGUCUGCCCAGGUGCACCUCACUGCCCUCCCGUUGCCACCGUCGCUCCGGUCUGUCCAGGAGGCCCUAAUUGUCCAUCUGUCAGCAUGACCUCUAAACCGGUUGCUUCUGUCAUCCCUGGAACUGGUCUCCCAUACAUUCCUUCUGGAACUGGUGUUCCUUACCCUACCAAGAACACAUCCGUCCCGGUUCCAACUACUCCACCAACCUACACUGGUUCCGCUUCCAUCCAGAGCUUUUCCAUCUUGGCUGUUGGUGUUGCUGUCGCUGCUUUCUUCUUGUAAGCACCGAGCGCUCCAUCGACCUCUUUGAUGAUGGAUGACUUUUUAAUCCCACGCUUUCGCUGGGAAAACAUUCAAAUGGGAUGAAGUGAUUUUCAAUUCUGUCGGUUUGGUUGACUUGGUGCUGGCAAAUGUGAUGUUAACCUAUUACAUAAGGGUUGGUUUGCGUUUUUGUGUAAUUUCUAGUUGUGAAUUAUUUGGGUUCUCCCUCUUUUCCUUUAUAUUCUUUUCUUAUAGAUUCUUGGUCUUGAAGGUCGUGAGUUGAGCUGGAUCAGUAGUGGAUUUUGAAAGUUGGUCAGGGAGCAAAAAUAAGCCUUUUUCUGAGGAGCAGAGUCGUUUCUCUUUGUGUUUUACGAUACCAUAAUUAAGCUGUGCUUUUUAUAUAUAUAUUUUUUCCCUUUUA